UUCUCCACACAAAAACAAACAUAUCCCACUAUUGUACUGCCUAAUGGCGCCCCCCUCCGUUGGCGAUGAUUACAAGAAGCAGAUUGAAGGGGCUCGUAAAGAACUUAACAAUCUGAUCAAAGGCGACAAGAACCGCCUCGCUCCUCUCAUGCUUCGUUUGGCGUUGCAUGACGCUGGAAUUUACGGUUUUAUUACUGGUGUUGAUUAUUUGAUAAAAAGAGGUCCUAAUGGUUCAAUAAGAAAUAAUAAGGUCGAGCGGGAUCAUCCCUCAAAUAAGGGUUUGAUAGAUGCUAUGAUUAUUUGCGAACGCGUGAAGGAGAACAAUGACAAAAUCACAUACGCGGACCUAUACCAGCUUGCUGGUGUUGCUGCGGUUAAGUUGACCGGGGGCCCGGAAAUUGAAUUUGUUCCCGGCAGAAAGGAUUCUACAGAAUUUCCAGAACAAGGGCUACUUCCGAAUAACAAGCUAGAUAAAGCACAGUUGGAGAAAAUCACACAACGCAUGGGUCUGGAAAAAAAAGACAUCGUGGCGUUGUUUGGCGGUCUCCACCAAUGGGAUCCGCCGUCCCCCGAGCCCGCAAAAACUGAAGGCCAAGCAGCUGGAGACCUCAAGUUUGGCAACUCGUAUUUCAAAGGUCUGCAGGACAGGGAUAAGGAUAACCCUUUAUUAAAAUUUGGUGAGCAUGCAUCAACUUACGAAAAGAAUGAGGAAGCUUUCAAGAACGAUUAUAAAGAGGCGCACAGGAAAGUAUCGGAGCGAGGCAUGCCGGCCAAGGAGGUCGCAAAAAAAGAACAGGAGGCAGAAUCUUCUAGGCGUCAUCGUGUCAGAUUGGUGCAGGGCAUCGGAAUUGCUGUCGUCACCACUGCCAUCAUCCUUGGCUUCUUCUUGAGCAGAAGAAACAAGUGAAUCCAUCACGCGCUGCUUCCCUUCCCAAAUAAUUGGACUUCAUCCGUGUUCACUGUCAUGUUUUCAUCAAUAAUGUAUUAAAAAGUAAGAUGGUUUAUGAAAAUUUAUGUUACCUCUCUUUGAACCAAGACCUUGAUUUGUUGUGCUCUUACUCAAGUAAAUUAAAUAAGAAUCGAGAAUUCGUAA